AUGCCCAACAACAGGAACACACACGCCAUCCCACUCUACGCCCUCGCGAGAUAUGGGGCAGGCGCAGGGAGGCGGUACACACCGUAUGACCGACAACUCGAGGAAAUGGACUUUACCCGCAUUCGAAUUUUCAGGCCAUACCAAGAUCCAAGGGACACGGAAAUUCCCAGUCCCGACACCUUUUACGACCUAAAGAUAAUGGCUUGCGAGGAGUGUGGGCAUCGGGCUCGACCACGGCAACUCGAGUUCUGGAUAGAGCAUCGCACUGAAAUGGGGUCAAGGCAAGUUAGCCAUCGAGUCCAGCUUCAGGAGUGGAACUUUGGGCGUUUCCGCGAUUGUUUUACGAGGAAUCCCGCGACUGCCCCUGUGGUUGAGGUUUUUUGGCGGCCCUCGUUGGCAACUUUGCGAUAUCUGCGUGACGCCGUGUAUGACGACGACGACGACGACGCAAGCUCGGAAUGGAGUUCAUACGCAUAA